AUGUUUUCAAGAUCUCAACUUCCGCUUUUAACACUUGAUUUUUCACAUAAUUCAUUAAGAAGACUUUCCGAUAGAUUAUUCGCAAGCGUUUCCGAUACAAUAAGAGUAAUAAAUUUAUCUCAUAAUUUAUUAGGUGAUAAUUUCAAUCCGAUAUUUGCAACGACGGAAUUACAAAAUUUAAAAAAUUUAUUUAAAUUAGAUUUAACCGGAAAUCAAAUAAGAGAAUUAGAAGAAGGAAUAUUAAGAGAAACUUUGGAUUUAUCACAAAAUUAUUUUACAGAAUAUCCUUACGUUACAUUAAAAGAAUUAACAAAAUUAAAAAAUUUAAAUUUAUCAUCGAAUUUGAUAAAAAAAUUAACUAAUACACAUUUAAAUACGUUAAUUAAUUUGGAAACAUUGGAUUUAAGUAGAAAUAGUAUAAAUAGCAUACAACCAGAUGAUGCAUUUGAAGGAUUGGAAAAUCUCGAACAACUUUCUCUCAACGAUAACAACAUUCUUCUUAUACCAGGUUCAGCAUUGGGACGUUUACCAAAACUCGUUUAUUUAGAUAUAUCUUAUAAUCGUAUAUCGGCAUUAUCACGCGACAUUUUGCAAUCGACAACAAACGAAUUGAUUUAUUUUAAUUUAGCACGUAACGUUAUUAGAGAAAUACCAGAUGGUACUUUUCAACAUUUGAAACGUUUAAAAAUAUUAAAUUUAAAUGGUAAUCUAUUAACGAACAUAAACGGUCAAACGUUUCAAGGACUAGAAGACACUUUAGAAUAUUUACAUUUGGGACAAAAUAAAAUCAAAUAUUUAUCAGGACCGGAUUUAAGUUUAUCGAAAUUAAUUUAUUUAGAUUUAUCGGAAAAUAUGUUUCCGGAUUUACCAUGGGAACAAUUCACACAACUCGUUAAUUUAAAACAUUUCAACAUGAGUAAUAAUUUUUAUUUGGAAUCGUUGGAAAGUACAUUUUUCAAUAAUUUUCCAAUGUUGGCCACAUUGGACAUGAGCAAUUGCGGUGUGACCAACAUACACGCGGAUUGGUUUAGCGAAUCAAUUAAUUUGUUACAAUUAAUUUUAUCGUAUAAUUUAAUCGAAGUGGUUAACGAAAAUGCAUUUAGAAAUUUAAAUAAUUUAACGUAUUUGGAUUUGAGUUAUAAUAACAUAACGACAUUGAAACCUGGUUUUUUGGGCAACAAUCGAAAAUUGAAAACAUUACUUUUAAAUAAUAAUAAAUUGAACGCUUUCAAAGGUGAAUAUUUUAAUAACGUUCGAUCGUCGGAUAAUAAAAAUUUAACGGAAUUGGAAUAUUUAAACGUUGCUAACAACGAAAUAAGUUAUUUUUUUCCAACGGCAUUUAAAAUCCAUAGAAAAUUAAAAUCGAUAAUUGCUCACGAUAAUAAAUUUACAUUUUUCCCACCGGAUUUAAUAGCAAACAUGCAAUUUCUCGAAACGUUAGAUUUAAGUAAUAAUAAAUUGAAAGCCAUCGAAGAAAUGGAUUAUUCAAGAUUACCCAGAUUAAGAGAAUUAAUAUUAAAAGGUAACGAAAUUGAAUACGUUAGCGAAUCCGCAUUUCAUAAUUCGACACAAUUACAAAUAUUAGAUUUGAGUCAAAAUCAAAUAAAUAGAAUCGGCGAGAGAACAUUUGAAGGCCUUCUAAGAAUGGAAAAUUUAAAUUUACACGAUAAUUUAUUAGAUGAUUUACCGGAAACGAUUUUCGAAAGAUCUAGACUUCAAAUGCUUGAAAAUAUCGAUUUGUCAAAGAAUAAAUUUUCCGAGCCUCCUUUGAAAUCACUGCAAAAACAAUAUUUUUUUUUAAAUUCCGUUAAUUUGGCAGAAAACAACAUAAAAGAGAUUUCUUCGGAUGACGUAACGAUCGUUAAUAUAAAAAAAUUAGAUUUGUCUUAUAAUCCUCUGUCGAAAGAAUCAAUAGAAAAUAUUUUAGGGGAACCGAAAACCGUGAGGGAAAUAAAUUUAUCAGGAGUUGGCAUAAAUGAAAUAAAAGAAUUACAAAUGCCAUUUUUACAAAAGUUAAACGUUUCGAAUAAUAAUAUAACUCUAGUACAUCCGAAAGUAUUUGAAAGAAGUAAUCUUUUAGAAGAUUUAGAUUUAUCGAAAAAUAAAAUAAAAAAUUUAAAUGACGUCUCAGCAUGGGAUUCGACAAAAGAAUUGAAAAAUCUUUACAUUUCCGGUAACGAAAUACAAGAAGUAUUGACUCAUCAUUUUAAAGAUUUGAAAUCUUUGAAAAAAUUGGACAUGCACGAUUUACCAAACGUAUUAAAAAUCGAAAAGAACGCAUUUAAAUCCUUGAGUGGAUUAAAAGAAUUAAAAGCUUACAAUUAUCCGAGAUUAGGGUAUUUAGACGUUCAGGGUAUACUCGAGUACCUGACGACUUUGGAAUCAUUAGAAAUCGAAAUGAAGGAUGCGAAUAUCGUGUCGGAAAAAUUAUCGAGAAUAAUGCAUCCACGUUUGAGACAUUUGGGACUUUAUGGAGAACACAUAACUUCCGUUUCUAGCGGAACAUUUGCUGGAUUAAAAGCUCCAAAGAUAAUUUUAUCGUUGGUCAACACGUCGGUGACGACACUUCCCCAAGGACUGUUUUUUCCACUUCCGAGAUCGUCCGAUAUUGUUUUCGACGUGUCAAAUUCUAAAAUAUCUACCCUAUCCCCGCAAUUUAUUUCCAUGUUCGAAGAUCAUCGGAAUCACGUGACAUUAAAAGGUUUGGAUACGAAUCCGAUUAUAUGCGAUUGCACGGCAAAAGGUUUAAAAAAAUGGUUAAAUUCAAAUAAAAAAAUAAAGAUAAUAUGUCACAAUGGUGAUUUGAUGGGGGCGUCGCUAAGAGAUUUACCGGAAAGUGAAUUAUCAUGCGAUGUUAGGAAACCAACGGAAAAAACGACGUCGACGGAAUCGACGACGACGACGACGACGACGACGCCCAAAUACACGUCAAUAAUAACAAAAAAUUAUAGGAAAACAACGACCGAAUCCGAUGUUAUUUGGUCGUUUAGUCCGAAAAAUAAAAAAAUGACGCAAAAACCACCGAAAAUAAUAACAGCAAAUUCCAAUUCGUUAAAUAAUGAUGACGUAUUAAUUAUCGGUAUAGUCGGUGGCGUCGUUGCUUUUAUUAUUAUACUAGUUAUCGUCAUUUGCAUAAUAAGGCUCAGAAUGAUGAACAAUCAAUAUCAAGGAAAUUCCGUACCUGCACCCUAUGCACCAUCGAGCGCGUGUUUAUAUUCUGUUAAACCUGGACAACCGAGUCUUUACAUGGCUCCGACAUAUGCUACCCUACCGCAUAAAGUCAUGACUCCGAGUAUCGAUGCUUCAUCGGUUAAACAUUAUGCCACUAUGAGGCCUCAAUCACAAAUGCAAUCCUAUCAUCAGAACACGUUGCAAAGUCAAAGUGCUUACUAUAUACCCUACACACCCGAUGAAAAAAUCGAAUAUCGGUAG